UCAGAAUUUAAUUUAUUAAUCCCCUUAGGCUCCUCUUCCUUUCUUAUCUCUAUAUAUAAAACCCUUCACCAAUUACAAAAAUUUCCACUCAAUUUUCUCUCUCUACAAACCCCACUUUUGGGCCCUCAAAAUUUCCUAACAUGCGCCUGGUGAAGGAAAAAGUUGGGAGGAAAGAGAUGAGAAUGGUGUUGAGGUGAAAAAGAGGAAAGAAAUUGAAUUGGUUUGAUUAAAGUUUGGAGUGUUGUAUGCAUAUAUGCAUUUAGUAAACCCGAUGGAAAAAGACGAUAACUACUCGAACGAAGGCUCUAUGGCUCCAAGUUUCUCCAGCCACCAAGAUCUGUACAAUAACCAAGACCAAUUCAUGAGGUCUCGCCCUAAUUUCGAAACCUCCGCCGACAACUCCACCGGAAUCCUCACCUACUUUCCGCCCAACCCAAUUACCUCUCCGGACAAGCUUAGCUUUGGCGAGGUUAUGCAGUUCGCCGACUUCGGUCCCAAGCUCAGUCUCAACCGCUUCGACGACGACGAUAGCGAACCCCCCGGCAUCGACCCGGUCUACUUCCUAAAAUUCCCAGUUUUAAAUAACGAGAGGGUGGAGGACACGGCGGGGGGCGGAGAGACGGAGGAAGCGGCGGAGAUAGGAGGGAGAUCGUUAGUUGUUGGGGAAUUAGAAGAGGAGAAUUUUAGGAGUAACAACAACAACAACAACAAUAAUGGGAACAAUGGGAAUAAUAAUAAUAAUAACAAAAGGAAAAGAGGACGAACGGUGAAGACAAGUGAAGAAGUGGAGAGUCAAAGGAUGACACAUAUUGCGGUGGAGAGAAACCGAAGGAAGCAGAUGAAUGAGCAUCUUCGUGUUCUGCGAUCUCUCAUGCCUGGUUCUUACGUUCAAAGGGGAGAUCAAGCUUCCAUAAUCGGUGGAGCAAUCGAGUUCGUGAGAGAGUUAGAGCAACUCCUACAAUGUCUAGAAUCCCAAAAACGACGUCGUCUUUUAGGAGAACCACCAAUAGUGCAAGCUGCGGACACACCACCGCAGCAACAACCUCCAUUUCUACCACCAGGAGCAGUUAAUUUUCCAGGCCAUCAAAACGAUGCACAAAUAUUUGAAACGACAGCAGAAAGCAAAUCGUGCCUUGCAGACGUGGAAGUGAAGGUAGUAGGGUUUGACGCUAUGAUAAAAAUCCUAUCAAGAAGACGACCGGGACAACUCAUCAAAGCCAUCGCAGCACUUGAAGAUCUUCAACUAAAUAUUCUUCAUACAAAUAUCACCACCAUUGAACAAACUGUUCUUUAUUCUUUCAACGUCAAGAUAGCUAGCGAAUCAAGAUUUACCGCUGAAGAUAUAGCAAGCUCAGUUCAACAAAUAUUCAAUUUUAUUCAUGCAAACACUGGCAUGUGAUGUAAUAAAUCAAACUCAUACAUAUCGUUAUAGAUUUGUGAUAUUGGUAUUAUUAUUUUAUUGUUUGAUUAUUGUUAUUA